AUUUGUGAUGAUCACAAAAACACUUAUCCUCAUCGCUUCCAAACCCAAUGACUCCUUCAAUUUUGCAGUGGAUAUGUAUGACACUCUGUCUCAGCAACAUCAAAGUAGUUUACUCCAUCGACACUCUGAAACAAGGAGACAGUCUGAACUCAUCAUCUCAACUGGAUUGCCGCAACGGCCGCUUCACCUUACGCUUCUACACCCCUGCCCCUGAAGCCGAUCCACUAGCAAAAAACACUUACAUAGCUGUCGUGUUCAAGGAAACUUACAGAGCAGUGUAUAUUGCCAACCGAGACGACCCGAUCUCAAAAGAAUCCACUUCCGUGCUGACUCUCGGCACCAGAGGCGACCUCACCAUCACCCGCCAUGGCGGUCAUCCCAUCCACGUCUACAACGGCCUAUCCCAAACCACUACCAACAUAACCGCCACUCUCUUGAAUAAUGGGAAUUUCAUAGUUCGCUCAAAUGGUACUCAAGUGUUAUGGCAGAGCUACGAUCACCCCACCGACACUCUUCUCUCAGGAAUGAAACUGUCGGCUAACAAAAGGAUCACUUCAUGGCUCACGCCGUCUAAUCCGGCGUCCGGCCCUUUCACUCCGGAGUGGGAGCCGAGCCCAGGCGAGCUAGUCAUCAGACGGCGAGGGAUGGCCUACUGGAGGAGCGGAUACCUCGUGGACUAUGACUCCUACUCUUUUAAGAAUGUCAAGAAUUUCGAGAAUUUCUAUUUGGGCAUUGAUCCUUUGAACAUCAACUAUAACUUAACCAGCGAAGGAGACUACUUCAUGUAUACAGUGAUCUACAUCAAAUGGUUGACAAUGGACGAACGGAAGGCUACUUCAGGGUGGGUGCUGGAUGAGGCGGGGAACAUAACAGUCAUGGACAGGGGUUUCGUCCUGGUUAUGGCCAGUGUUUGCUACGGUUACAACUCUGGUAUUUAUGAUUACGACAAAGGGUGUGAGUUGUGGGAGCAGCCAAAGUGCUUGAAACGGCGUCAGGUGGUUGAUCUGAGGUCGGGAUACUUUACCUAUGCCAACAACACACCAGUGCUGAUACCUGCCGGCACCAGCGGGCCCCUCAGCCUGAGUGACUGCAGGGACACCUGCUGGAAAUGGGAUAAUUGUGAAUGUGUGGGCUAUCAAGGAGGAGACGGCUACGGCUGCAGCUAUUGGAUUGGUAGAGAUAUGAAGUGGGAGCAGGAUCUUUCAGGCAACUCGGAGAAGAUAUAUGUUAUUCAAUCUUCACCAAAAGUGAAAAGGAAGAAAAGAUUACAUGAACUCCUGACAUUGGAGGGAUAUACAGGAAGUUACGAGCUCGAGAAUAGAGGAACCAAUGGUCAUCAACUUCAGCUUUUCACUUAUGCAUCCAUCACAUCUGCCACAAACAACUUCUCCUGCAACAACAAACUGGGAGAGGGCGGUUUCGGCCCUGUUUAUAAGGGUAGAACACAAGAAGGCAAAGACAUAGCAGUGAAGCUUCUUUCGCGAAAGUCGGGACAAGGCUUGCUUGAGUUCAAAAAUGAGCUCAUACUCAUUUCUGAACUGCAACAUGUCAACCUUGUUAAGCUUAUAGGAUUCUGCAUUCACAAAGAUGACAAAAUGAUUAUAUAUGACUACAUGCCUAACAAAAGUCCAUCCGGUAGGGAGCAGUUAGAUUGGGAGAAACGGUUCAACAUCAUCGAGGGGACUGCUCAGGGGCUACUAUACCUCCACAAGUACUCCCGCCUCAGAAUCAUCCAUCGUGACAUGAAACCAAACAACAUACUACUUGAUCACAACAUGACUCCCAAGAUGUCUGAUUUUGGCCUUGCAAGAAUCUUCAAAGAAGACGCUGGUGAAGUCAACACAAACCGACGUGUUGGGACUUAUGGUUACAUGGCCCCUGAGUAUGCAAUGCAAGGCAUAUUCUCAGUCAAAUCUGAUGUGUAUAGUUAUGGAGUUUUGGUACUUGAUAUUGAAGGCCCUUUGAGCAUCGUGGAAUACGCAUGGGAGCUGUGGAGAAAAGAUGAUGCAUUGCAACUGAUGGAUCCAAUGUUGAGGGAGUCAUGUGUGUUAGAGCAGCUGCGGAAAUGCAUUCACAUUGGGCUUCUGUGUGUUGAGAAUUAUGCAGUGGAUCGACCAAACAUUGAAGAUGUUUUAUUCAUGCUCAAAAAUGAGACAGCAACUCUGCCUAUGCCCAAAAAUCCAGCAUUUAUUACAAGAAAUAGUGUGUUUCAAGAAGUGGACAAAACUACACCACAACAGUUAUCAGACAAUCAAGUCACACUUUCUCAGUUAUCAGGAAGAUAGAACAUAACUGUCCAGUUUUUGAUGUUUUACCUCAUAAACUAUGUAAUGAACUCAAAAAAAAUUCAGUUACCCUGAUUAUGUACCAUUCAAUACGGACAUUGUUUAAUUUUGGAGGGUUAAUUGAAUUCAUAA